AUCCGACAUUUUCUCGUAAUUUUUUUCUCUUCGUCAGCUUCGGUCAUACCCACAAGCCCUUGUCUCUCUGAAUCUCAGCCUUCCCUGUAUCGACAUGCAUCUCCAAGAAAAGGUCAAAUAAAUCAGAAAAAUAAGCGUCGACAUUAACUUCUCACGGUUUCCUUCCUCUCUGUCUCUCCCCACUUCAAUCCUCAAAUCAUGUCACCAUAAUUUUCGUUUUUUUUUUUCUCUUUGUUUUUCCUCUUUCUGAGGAAAACCCAAUAAAUAUCUAUACAGCUGAAUCAACAACAUUUCUACCGUUAAGUACUAAGAAUAUUUAUACAAGUUCAUCGUUCUCUGUUCAUCCUCUGAUAUUUCGAUGAACACUGAUUUUUGGGCUUCUCGUCUCGCUGCCGCGAAACGGCAGUACGCGUUGCAGCACCACCACAACAGCUCCCAACUAGAUCGGUUGAGCAUCGAUGAUUUCGAGGUUGAGGACGAGGCCCGUCCCGAUUUUCCCUGUCCGUACUGUUACGAGGAUUACGACAUCGCCUCUCUGUGUUCCCAUCUCGAAGACGAGCACUCGUGCGAAUCAAGAGUCACUGUUUGUCCCAUUUGCUCUGUUAAAGUUGCACGGGACAUGCUAAGUCAUAUCACCCUGCAACAUGGACACUUAUUCAAGUUGCAGAGACGUCGCAGAUUACGUAGAGUUGCAAUUCCUAGUAGUCAGGCACUGUCUCUCCUUGGUCGGGAUCUUCGUGAGGCCCAUCUGCAAGUGCUUCUAGGUAGUGGGGGAUAUCGGUCAAGCAUUGCUAAUGCAUCUAAUACGGUUACAGAUCAAUUUCUUUCAUCACUUGUUUUGAACUUCUCAGCAACUGAAGCAGAAGAAAUUUCAAAAUCUGUGUCAUCCAGUGCUGAGGACACUUCUACCAUGAAAGCAGUAUCAGCACAUGCUUGGAAAUCAAGCUUUGAUCCUUCUUUGAGUUAUGAAGAGCGGGAAAGAAGGAUGAGACAAGCUGCUGGAAGAGCUGGUUUUGUGCAAGAUAUACUUCUCUCCACUCUGCUAGCUGACUAGUGGAAUCUACUUUCACUACCUCUUGCAGGAGCUACUAAUCCCCGAGCAGCUCCUCCAUUAUUUUAUCUCGGCUGCUCUUCCCAUCCAUUCAAUGCUCGUGCUUGUGGUUCUAAUGGGAAGCGAGUAGGUCAAAUUUAUGUACCUCUGUGGAGAUGACUGGAUGAGUGGGGACAUUGUAAGUGAUAAGCUAGAGUGGUGCUUCGCACAGUGUGCCUCAUUACACGAUAGCGUAACCGACGCAAGGAAUUUGUUGGUAUUGCAUCGUCAUCCAUGUGCCAACCUGAAAAAGAUUGGCUCUAUGUUGACUAAAGAUGAAAUGCGGGCAUCUCCAUCCGCCCCUACUUCGAUAAAAGGCGGUCUAGGCCUUGCUUCUGUAUCCACAAAGUUGUUCACUAUUCUCUCCCGAUCCAGUCUCUUCCUCUGCCCUCUUUCAACCCUCCAGAAGGGUCGUUGAGCUGAUGGCGCGAGUACCCCGGCCAUCAUUUUCUGAUCCCCAGAAUGAAUUAGAUUUCUUCAAUUUAGAAGAUGAAGGCAGUGUCAAGGGAAGAUCCCUUCUCCAAAAAGAGGAGAUCUCGUGCAGCAAGCCAAUCUUAGGAAUGGAUGGUGUAGGAAAAGGUUUUCUUUCUUAUCUGUGGUACACAAAAGAGCUGGGAGUUGUUCUGCAAUCUCGGAUCAGUAUUGUUUACGUCCAUAGUAAGGAGAAGUACGAAAUAUGAAUGUAUUUAUAAUAUGAAGGUUUGUUCGUAAUAACCUCAUAUUAUAUUAAAUACAUUCAUAAUAUGACUUUUUUCGAGAAGAAGGAGCAAACUCGAUACAUAAAUUAGAUUUUAUAUCUACUUUAAUUUAAAUAUUGAAGAUUGCUCCGCUUUCAUAAGUUUUCUAAGAUAAUGUAAUUUUAAGUAUAAAAGGAUAGAGAUAUAGAGAUAUUGUAUAUAAGAUUGUAUUGGAUAGCUGUUGAUUUGUUAUGGAAUGAUGUAAGCUAGCUGCUGUUAACACUACUUUCUGAAUUUUAGAACCUUGUGGUGCAUGUUUGAUGGCUUAAA